AUGUGUCGAUUCUUAUUAUACAAAGGAAAACAACCCAUUUUACUUGCUCACUUGAUCACUAGACCAAAGCAUUCGAUUGUCAAUCAAUCAUUUGAUUCCAGAUUGCGUAUUGACCAAGUACGCCCACUGAACGGUGAUGGCUUUGGUGUAGGUUGGUAUGAUAGCGAGACAAGUCAUCAUGAACAAGACGAAGUUACACCUUGCAUCUUCACCUCAGUCACACCAGCUUGGAAUAAUGUGAACUUGGUUCGAUUAGCUGAAAAGAUUAGAAGUCCCUUGAUUUUUGCUCAUGUUCGUGCAAGUACAUCAGGUUCUGUCUCAGAAAGCAAUUGCCAUCCAUGGUCGUAUGGUCGUCUUAUGUGGAUGCAUAAUGGUGGAAUCGCACAAUUUGACAAGAUCAAACGUAAACUGCAGAAUUCUUUAUCAGAGGAACUAUUCUUGUUCGUACAAGGCAAUACGGAUUCUGAAUGGGCCUUUGCUCUAUUUUUGAGUUUUCUUUCAAAUCCAAAAGCCAAUUCAUUUGAGCACCAAGAGUUAAAGGAGGCUAUGCUUAAAACCAUAGCUCAAUUGAACUCGUGGGCAGAGGAAUCAGAUGUAACUGAGCCUUCGCUUUUAAACUUUGCAGUGACAGAUGGUGAAUCUGUAGUCUGUGUACGAUAUACAAAUAGCAAAACAGAUGAAGCAGCGUCUCUUUAUUUUUCAUCAGGCACCAAGUUUGAAUGUUAUCGCCCUGGACAUUAUCGUAUGGUGAAAGCAGAUAGAAGAGAACACAUUGUUGUUGUGGCAAGCGAACCUUUGACGUUUGAAAAGGCGGAUUGGCUCACAAUUCCAACCAACAACAUUUUGGUGAUCACUCCAAAGCUUAAUGUGCUAUUACAACCUAUUAAAGAUAAAUUUUAUACGCCAGAGAGAGGCCUAGAACACAAACUUGGCGAGGAUGAAGCUGUAAUUAUUCCCGAUCCAAAAGCUCAAUUAUUCAAAGCAAAGGUCGAAGAGCAGAUGCGUCAAGAAGCAUCGACCACCACUGUUUGUAUGUAA